GAAGAAAAAUAUAUACAAAGAACAAAUGUCUGAGCUUUGUUCUUUUCCUGAUUUUAGAAGAAUAAUGGAAGACAUUAAUCGCAAGGAAAAGCUUUUUCUCAACUACGUUCCUGUCUACAUUGUGCUUCCUCUUUUUGGAAUAGUGGCUAAAGAUAACAAACAUGCAGAAUUAGAAACUACAGAAAGGAACUUGAAGCGUCUCAAGGAGGAGGCUUGCAUAGAUGGUGUGAUGGUCGAUGUGUGGUGGGGGAUCGUCGAAUCCGAAGCCCCCAAGGUAUAUAAUUGGAAUGGUUACAAAGAGCUGUUCAAGAUGAUCAAGCGUUUGGAACUCAAAAUCCAUGCCCUUAUGUCUUUCCACAAGAGCAGCCAAAACAGAAAAACCACCUCUCUGCCGAGCUGGGUAGUCCAAGUUGGCAAAGACAAUCCCGAUAUCUAUUACACCGACCGCAAAGGCUUUCGAAAUGACGAGUGCCUCAGCCUUGGGGUCGAUAAUGAACCUCUCUUUGAUGAUGGAAGUGGUACAAAACGUACUGCCACAGGUAACUAAAUCAUACUCCCUCUGUUCCUUAUAGAUCCAUUUUUUAGGAAAAAAAAUUUGUUUUAAAAAGAUACUUUUUUUUUUUUUUUGAACACAAACUUAUCAUUCAUUAUCAUUAAACAACGUUAGGUAGGGGCAUUAAGGCAAGCUCAGCAGACAACCCCUGCU